CGGUCUAUUCACUGCCCGACGCGCCGACGAGUAUCGCAACCCAGAACAUGGCGGAUCCCUCGAUAGACCCCCGGUUGCAGCAAUUCAGCUCUCUGCCACCGCGUUCUCUUGCGCAACAGUCGUACACGCAGGGCCUGCCGGCGCAACCACUACAAAACAGCGCAACUCCAUACUACCUACCCACGCCAAAUAACGCGCAGUCGCGGCCAAGCAAUAUCGACCCGGCCUUUGAGCAGACGUCGCCGACAGGCCCAGACGAAUCGCACGACGAGGACGACCAUGAUGAUGGCGAACUCGACGGAACCCACGGCACUCCCGGCUCCGGAAAGUCUCCGCACGACUUGAAGAGGCCGCGCGCCUGUGAUUCCUGUCGAGGACUCAAAGUACGAUGCGAUCAAGAGCGGCCGGAUCAAUCGUGCAAGCGAUGCGCGAAGGCCAAUCGCGCUUGUAUCACGACCCCGCCAACACGAAAACGCCAGAAGAAGGCCGACAGUCGAGUGGCUGAAUUGGAGCGCAAGAUCGAUGCCCUUACCGCCACUCUACACGCACAGAAAGGCGUCCCCGAGCCAACCAGAACCUACCCUGGCAUGCCACAAUACGAAGGUGGUGGUCCCACUCCGUAUCCACAACCGGAGGGAGGCUUCCGGGCGGGCAGCAUCGUGCAUGACUGGUCAAGUGCACCAUCCGCACAGGAGCGGUAUCCAGACAUACCGCCAGGGUACGGUCCUGCUCAGAGCAUGCAGCGCGGACCCGAAAUUAAGCGGCGGAAGCUAGGUGACGGAAGUAGCCACAACGCCACGAUACCUGAGGAUAUGGAUGCAGUUCAUCGUGACUUGAUCGAGCAUAUCGACAUGAAGCGCACGGGGAGAAAGGGCAUUCAUACUGACCAUUCCAACAUCAACACGCUGAUCGAUAGUCUCAUGACCCCCGAAACCGCCGAGCGCAUCUUCCAACGAUACGUAAACGAGAUAUGUCCACAUUUCCCUGCAGUGCCCUUCCCGGCGGGCACCACUGCACGAGAACUGCGAGAGAAAAAGCCUUUACUCUUUCUUUCCAUUUUGGCCGGAUCAUCCCACGGGGCUGCUGAACAGCUAGUUUCCCAGGAUGUACAACGCGACCUUACCAAAAUUCUGAAGGAUCAGUUUGCCGACAUCAUCUGGCGAAAUGGCGAGAAGUCACUCGAAGUUGUUCAAGCGCUGCAAGUCGGCGUGUUGUGGUAUCGGCCACCGCUGCAUUACGAACAACAUAAUUUCUACAUGAUGGUCAAUUGCGCCGCCGUCAUGGCGCUUGAUCUUGGUCUCGGCAGGAGGAAUACACCAACCGUUAUGAAGCUGGCCGUUGGGCCUUUUCGAAGAUGUCAUCCCAACACUAGCAGCAUUGAGUCCCGCAGGACAUUUCUUGUCUGCUACUAUCUCUGUAUGAGCAUCACUAUGGUCCUUCGGCGACCCAUCUUGUUGCGAUGGACCAAGUACAUGGAGGAAAGCGUGAAGCUUCUUGAGACCUCCACCGAGGCGCUUCCCUCUGAUAAGAUUCUUUGCCAGCAUGUGAAAAUGGCGCACAUUGGCGAGAACAUCUCGGUGCAGUUCUGCAUGGAUGAUCCGGCUGUGGAGGUGGCCAUAUCAGAGCCGAAGGUUAUUUACGCUCUGAAAAUCUACGAAAACGAACUCCAACAACUCAGGGACGAAAAUGCAUCUUUAUUCAAAGAAGUCGAUCCUGCUCUACGGCUUGCCGAGCAUGUAACAAAUUUAUACAUGCACGAGAUUGCGCUGCAUCACAAUCAAAGUCCCGCUGAUUUCCAACCACCUUUUCCACAAGAAACAUUUGCUUCUGGCGUGUCAGCCAAAGAAGCCGUCGGCCCGGCUCACAUUGGUGCGCUUGGUGAAUGUCUCACAGCCACCCAUGGCAUUCUCGACACCAUCCUCAGCGUGCCGCUUGACACUCUCCUGACUCUGCCUGUAAUUUUCUGCGUACGAGCAAUUUACGCCAUCGUGUGUUUGAUGAAGAUGUGGGUAUCAGUCACGAGUUCUGGAGAAGUCGGAACUUUUAUCAACAAAGAUCUCCUCCAAAUCGAAGCCUACACCGAGCGCUUAGUUACUAUGUUCAACGCCAUCGUAUCUCGAGACGCACAGUCCCCACAUGGCAAAUUUUAUUUUGUAGCGAAGCGGCUUCAGGAGCGUUUCGCACACAUUAAAGAGGGUGCAUCGAAAACUGAGCAAUCAUCCGAUGGAACCGAAGAUUCACGCUCGUCCACCACGAAAUCAACGUCCAAACCACGCUCACGACAGUCGUCUCAAAAUCAGACACCCCUCCACCUUUUGUCCGAGGUCGCGAUGGGGAGCAGCAACACGGCUUCUUCUCAACAUACGUCCCAGCAGCAACAACAGCAGCAACAGCAACCACAGUCUCAGAUGCAGCAAACACAGGCUCCAAGUCAAGCAGCAAUGCAAGGUUGGUAUCCAGGUAUGCCUAAUCAGCAACUUGCGCCGGAUAUGAUGGGUAUGCCGCAGGGCAAUUUCGAUCCGAACUUUGAUUUCACUCAAUUCGAUCUGAGCACGGGUUCAGACGCUGAUCUGAGUGCGCUGUUCAUCCCUGACAGCAUGAUGUGGAACUUCCCACCAGAUAUGGGCAUGCAAGGGUAUAGUGGCUUCUAAAACUGCAAUACAUGUCUACGAAUCGGUAUACGAUAUCACGAGUCUACGAUCAACGCAGUUUUGCGGUGUUUUUGCUGUUAAUGGAGCCUGGUGGUCUACUUGUACCUUUAGCUGCAACCUAAGCAGGUAACGGAAUUGUCAAUAUUAAAAUUAGCCAAGAGCUUCCUGGACUCACAAAUUUCCGCCAGUGUCAGUCAGUAGAUCUUAGAUAAGUCAAAAGACG